AAAUUAUUUUUCUAAAAAUUAUUUUCUGCUCUCUAAACAAACACUAGAAAAUAUUUUUCGAAAAAAACUUUUCACUCACCAACCAAACAUGGGAAAAUAGUGAUAAAACCAUUCAUUUUUCAGGAAAACAUUUUCUAGGAAAACAUUUCCCUUCGUACCACACACACCCUAUAUGUCAUUUAUAACUCCUUUUUGGCUUCUUGCUUUUGUUAAAUUCUUUAGUUUCGUUGCUAUUUGUAUUGUUAAGCUCAUUAUUAUCAUCAAUAGAUCUCGGAAAGUAACAAAUGCUUGUUCAGGUUUUGGUUAAAUCUUAUGUGAUCAAGAGCGCUUGAAUUGUUGAUCUAACUACAAUAAUAAAGUGGCUUGAAAAACAAAAAAUGUUAGAAACCACCAAGAGCGAGGGCUAACCUCAGCAUUAUUUUUGACAUGUCUAACCAUAUAAUAUAACUACUUUUACAUGAUGGUAUGAUAACAGAAGUGCUUCCAAGGUGUCCAUCGUUAAUUACAUUUGGCUCUUUAUCCGUAUUGCAGUGAUCGAACCUUAUUUUAUUUGUCUGAGGGGUUAAGGGGAUGCCAUAGCUAAGCUGUGUUUCCCAAAAUUUAAAUGGUUUGCUGAAUGAUUUAUUGCAAAUAAGGUGGAUUUUAAAUAUCAGUAUGUUGUUUAAUAAUAAUGGAAAAUGCUAGUUUGUAAUUGGCUAACAAUAUCUUUGAUCAGUUGCUUCUCUUUGCCUGGAAUUAAUGGUUGGUACUUUGCUUCCAGGUUCCAUCGGUUGCCAGAAUUUGACCAAGGGAAACGCAGUUGCCGCAGGCGCCUAGCAGGCCAUAAUGAGCGUCGCAGGAAACCUCCACCUGGAUCUCUUUUGUCUAAUCGCUAUGGAAGUCUUUCUUCAUCAAUAUUUGAAAACAAUGGCAGAUCUGGAAGUUUUCUGGUCGACUUCACUGCAUAUCCGAAUCUCACUGGAGGUGCAUGGCCAAAUACUAGAUCAUCUGAGCGGGGAUGGGAUAAUCAAUCCACUGCAUCAGGGAAGCUUCUCCAAAGUCAUUGGCUGAACAGUUCUGAAAAUCCUACAUCCGACCUUGUUCUGCAAGGUUCAGUUGCUAGGGGUGCCAAUUAUUCUGGUCCUGGUAUUAUUCCUUCCGGAAACUGCUUCUCUGGAGUCUCAGAUUCCAGUGGUGCUCUCUCUCUUCUGUCAAAUGAGUCGUGGGGCUCGAGGAACCAAUCCUCUAGCCUCGGGGUUAACGACUUGGUUAACACUGAUGGCGGACAUACCGUUCAGCCAUCGGGUUCCCAUGCUGCUCCUGUCAAUCACUACUCAGGCCCUCAAUGGGGAUUUAAAGGAAAUGAAGCUAGUAGCAGUUCACAUGCAAUACCUCCUGAUCUCGGGCUGGGUCACAUUUCUCAACUUGCUGUCAAUCAGUACUCUGCUGAGCUUGGGAUGGCUCAGCACAGUGGAAGACAGUACAUGGAACUGGAGCACUCAAAGGGUUACGAUUCUUCUGUUCAGAAUGUGCACUGGACACUUUGAGUGUCAUCUCCUUCAUAUCUAACUAUCAUUGUCGUUGGAAGACUUUUGUUCAAUAAAUGGCAUCGUGUUUGUAAGUCUGUAUGUUGACUAAUGGCGCUUUUUAUGAUGCUGCCUUUGUGCAACUCUCCCAGAGUUUAUCAAUAAUGACUUCCAAUGUGGUUAUUUUAUGAAUUGUGUGUACCGUUUAACUU